CAUCAUUCUGUUUCGGCCUCGCGAGAUCGAGAGCAUGCGGAUAGCCCGCUUACUGACCAUUCAGUAAAUCUAGCCCCACUGUCUUUACUCGUUAUAACCCUCUUCGACAUCGACUGGAUUUUGUAUCGAAAAGUAUAUCGUUUACCGCCAUUCCGUAUCGAUUGGUGUUCAAACUGUUUCAACCAUGCUGUUUCCUACAUUUUCACUUUCCUUGUCCCUUCUCUCACUUUUAACCAUAAUACAUGCACGACCUCCUCCUGAACCGAGACCGCGAGGAAAUACCAGACAUCUUAAUCCUUCCAGACGAGCACUCACCACCGCUUGGAAUUACGUCGGAUGUCGAGAAGAUUCCACUCCUAGAGCGUUGGCAGGGUACAGUUAUACGGAUAGUAAGAUGACUGUCGAAUCAUGUGUCAGUACGUGUAAUUCGAAGGGGUAUUCAUUAGCCGGGACGGAAGCCGGAACGGAGUGUUACUGUGCCAAUGCGGUCACAUCGGGGAAGGGUAAUGCAAAGGCUGAAUCGGAAUGUAAAGUCGCCUGUGGAGGGGAUAGCACCGAAAAAUGUGGUGCAUCAUGGCGGUUAUCAGUAUAUUCAAAACCAACAUAUCAGUCUUUGGGUUGUUAUACCGAUAGUAGUACAAGGACUUUAUCUCCCGCCUUCGUAUCGUGGAAUAACAUGACGACAAAUGUGUGUGUAUCGUAUUGCGGUUCCCAAGGUUAUUCAUAUGGUGGAACAGAAUAUGGCGCUCAGUGCUUCUGCGGAAAUUCAAUUUUAUCAACGGCGAGAUCAUCUACAGGAUGUAAUCACGCUUGUAACGGCGACAGUUCCCAAACCUGUGGUGGAUCUUACGCCAUAAAUAUCUACUCAAUACCUGCUUGUGGACAAGGGUUGACAAGUGGGUGUAAUGUCAAAGCUACAGCUACUGGCGUACAACCUGGUGCAUCUUCCUUUAUCUCUUCCACAUCGACUAGUAAAUCGACCAGUAUCACCACCACCAAAGCGUCGACCUCCACCUCAACAAAGGCCAGCACUACGUCAACAAAAGCUUCCAGUACCAUCUUGUCGGCUUCGAGCACGAGCAAAGCUUCUUCGACAUCAGCCUCGAGUACCACUAGUACAAGUACGACAGGACCUACUUCAGUGGUUGGAGUGGCGAAACCCGUCUCGGCGACGGGUACGAAGUAUUUAUGGGCUCAUCACAUUGUCGGUAAUACUUAUUCAUACACUCAAUCCACAUGGGCGGACGAUAUCAGUAUGGCUGCCAGUGCAGGGAUAGAUGGGUUCGCUUUAAAUAUGGGGAGUGAUUCUUGGCAACCUGCUAGAAUUGCCGAUGCGUACGCGGCGGCUCAAGCACACGGAUCUUUCAAGUUGUUUUUCUCCUUCGACGUCACAUCCUUCUCCUGUAGCUCAGCAAACGACGCAACCAAUUUAGCCAACUUAGUGACGACAUAUAAAUCUUCUUCUGCUCAAGCAACGCAUAAUGGCAAGAUUCUCGUCUCCACUUUCGCCGGAGACGGAUGUUCGUUCGGUCAAGGAUCCGUUACGGCAGGAUGGAACUACGUUCGAAGUCUCUUGACGAAUUCCAACACCACCAUCGAGCUCAUCCCUGCCAUUUUUAGUGAUCCUGCGCAAUUCAAAACUCUCACUUGGCUGGACGGAGAAUUCAAUUGGAAUUCAGGUUGGCCAAUGGGAUCUGCGAACCUAGACACUUCGAGCGAUACUCUGUACAUAAAUGAUUUAGGCAACAAGACAUAUAUGCCCGCUGUAUCACCUUGUUUCUUCACAUACUACGGACCCAACAGUUACAAUAAGGAUUGGAUAUAUAGGAGUGAUGAUUGGUUAUUGGCUACGAGGAUGGAGCAGUUGAUCGGAUUGAGAAAUAAGUUUGAUAUGGUCGAAUUAAUUUCAUGGAAUGACUACGGAGAAAGUCAUUAUGUCGGUCCUAUCAGAGCCGACCAACCAAUGUCUCAAGGAUGGACCAACAAUAUGCCUCACACGGCAUGGUUACCAAUAAUCAAACUUUAUUCUCAAGCUUUUAAAACUGGUUCAUACCCUUCUUCUUCCGAUUCUCUUUAUUUAUGGUCCCGACCUCAUCCUAAAGCAGCCACACCUACAUCUCCUAGUAAUCCCAGACCAUCAGGAGCGGACAACACGGACGAUAAUUUAUACGUCUUGGUAACUCUUUCAUCUGCAGCGACGGUGAAUAUCAAUUCUGGAGCGAAUAAAGCUUCUUUCAGUUUACCUUCGGGUAUCAGUAAGUUAAGUAUCGGAAGUGCCGCAGGGACUAUUGGAGCGAAUAUAGUUAGGGGAAGUACGACGGUUAAAAGUUAUGAUUCUUCUGGAACUUUUACCUAUGUAGCAAAACCUACAGAUUACAAUUUCAAUUAUUUCGUCGGUUCUGCCUGA